GAGUGGUAUGAAGGUUUUAUGUGGGGGUAAUUAUCUAUUAAGGAAAUAGAAAUAACAAAAAUGGGAGAUCGUUAUAACAUUCACAGUCAAUUAGAACAUCUUCAAAGCAAAUAUGUUGGAACAGGAUUUGCUGAUACAGCCAAAUGGGAAUGGCUUACAAAUAUUCACAGAGAUAGUUUAGCUAGUUAUCUUGGCCAUUGCGAUCGAUUAUCCUAUUUUGCUAUUGCUGAAAAUGAAUCUAAAGCUAGAAUAAGGUUUCACUUAAUGGAAAAAAUGCUUCAACCGUGUGGUCCACCAUCAGAGAAAGUCGAAACCGAAAUUACUGAGUAAAUGUAAUUAGCUUUAAAUAAAAACCACA